ACGGCGCAGAACGAUACAAAUAUGCUUCCGUCUUUCCGGUUGGCAAAAACGGAAAGGCUUUAUAGUUACUCUGUGUUCUCUUAUAGACUUGUAAAUUCAAACAAAGAGGAAGAAGACUCACUAAGGAAGACGCGCAGCAAGAGUGGAAUUCGGAUGUUCAGAAACAUGCGCGAUCUCUUCGGGUGUCCGUCAUCAUCCUUGGCCUUACAAUUCUUCUUCACACCGCCAGGAUUUUAGCUUGUUAGUUUGACGUGUUUUUCACACGCAUUGAAGGAGAAACGCGACCAACGUUUGUCUUCGCUUUCCUGAUUGGCGAUCAGAUGACGUCACGUGUCCCGAGGUGGCAUUGGCCGAAGAGAGAAAGGAGGAACUGAAGAAGGGUCUUAAAGUCGCCGCUUUUAAACUGUACAACCUUUCGAUGAAUAGAUCGAUGCGGGAUUGCGUUUAUUUUGAAUGGGAACUGUUUUCUGCUGCCCGCCCCCCCCCCCCCCCAAGGGCCAAAUGAAACGUUCCAACCGGCGCAGCCUGAUGACGUAAGAUGGCGCGGGCGAAGGCGCUGCGAACGGAAAUUUGGUGAGUGCGGGACGAAUUCUCUUCGAACGACAAACUUGUAACGAGGGACGUGAUGUCCUCGUGGCGGCAGCUGGAGCUUCAUCCGAGGAUCGUCAGCGCCCUCGGCAAAGCUGGCGUGCGCUCGGUCGGGGAGGUGCUGCGCACGUCCGGUCCGGACCUGCAGAGGCUGACCUCCUUGUCGGCCGCCGACGUCCGGCGACUCUUGACGGCCGCCGCUCGGCUCCGCGGGCCCCGCCCCCCGCUACCAGUUCUUCGGGCGGAGGAGUCCGGUCUCAGACUCGGCCUGGGCUGCCCCGUGUUGGACGGGCUGCUGAGAGGCGGACUUCCCGUAGGGGGCGUCACCGAACUGUCCGGAGAAAGCGGCGUCGGGAAGACCCAGCUGGCUCUGCAGCUCUGUCUCUCCGUACAGUACCCGGCCCGCCACGGGGGUCUGGACUCAGGGGCCGUGUUUGUGUGCACAGAGGACGCUUUUCCCAGCAGACGUCUGCAGCAGCUGAUCAGAGAACAGCGGCGUCUUCGCCCCGACGUCCCGCCGCACGUGACCGACGGCCUUCGUUUCGGCGACCGCAUUUACGUGGAGCACGCCGCCGAUCCGACGUCGCUGCAGUCGUGCCUGCGGCGUCGCGUCGGCCUCCUGCUGGCUCGCCGCCUCGUCCGCUUCGUGGCCGUCGACUCGGUGGCGGCGCUCUUCAGGUCCGAGUUCGGACUCGCCGAUUGGCUGGAGAAAACCAAACAGCUGCUGACGCUCUCGUCCACGCUGCACCACCUUUGUCGCCGAUUUGAUGUCGCCGUCCUCUGCGUCAACCAGGUGACCGACAUCUUCGGCGACUCAGAGGACUAUUUGGGCCCUUCUUCCUCGACCGUGCGCCCGGCGCUGGGCUUGGCGUGGGCCAACCAGGUGACGGUCCGGCUGACGAUGCGGCGUCUCAGGGGGACGGUGACCGAGGGUGACCGGGACGGCGCCCUCCGCAGGUUGGAGGUCGUGUUCGCGCCUCAUCUGGCCCGAGCGGGACGGGACGCCGCCGUGUGGAAGGAGGGCGUCCGGGGACUCGAGGAAGUCUGAGGACGUUCCGGGGAUGGACUGACGCGCCGCUCAUCUGACGUUGUGCUCUCGUGUUCACAACGAGCAAAUGAACAUCUUGAUAUUUGUGAGAAUGAUUAAAGAUCAUCGUCAUUGAGCAAUUUUUUGGGUGCGGCGGCCUGGCUUUUCUCCGUCGCCCACGCUGAAACCGCCACGCUUUCGGUCCUAUUUUCAAAAGUUCUUGACGAUGCCAAAUUUUCGGCAUUCCUCGUAAAGGCGACCCUUAUUGACGGAGCAAAUGCAGCAGCCCCUCGAUUUAACGGCUGUCCGAUGUAACGGAGCGCCGCCGUGCGGGCCCCCCGCGAGGCGCUCGUCAACAGUUACGAAGGAGGGAAGUUUGGAUCCAUUUUCAAACAUGGCGCCGGCACACGCGACAACAUCUGGCCACCCUCGAUUCACAUCGGAUUCCUCGCGGUGGAAGGACAAUACGUGAGGUCCGGUCACGUUUCCCGCGUCUGGAGCUUUCGUACGUGGAGAGCCAUUGUUUUUGUUGUUUUGCUUUUUUUUUUUACACGACAAAUGCGUCGAGUGCAAUAUUUCUUAUGACAAAACAAAAAAAGGAUUUUGGGCGUGAACAGAUGAAUUGCAUUUCCCUUGUUGUGCUUUCCCGCGGCACCAGCGCAACACGGAAUGUUGCUUUGAAGUUUUCCUUUCGCGACGGAGCGAUGAAAACGUGACGACAAACGUUUCGGCGGCUUCUGCGUCGGCCCUCCUUUGAACCGUCGUCGCUGGUGAAUAGUCCGCCAUCGCUUCAGCAAAGCUCCCGAAGCCCGACGGAACGGGUAACAUCAUAAGAAGAACCACUGACGCCUCAUCAGUCACACCUUCUCUAUCUGAUU